AUGGCAUUUUUCAAUUUGUGGGAAGGCCUCUCUCAAGAAUUCGAUAUUUAUAAAAUUCUCCGGUUGGUUGUCAUCAUAGGUGGUUAUAUAUUUUUCAGACAAAGAUACUUGGAAUUUAUGAAACACUAUCAAGUCAAAAAACAGCUAGAAGAAGACCACAAAAGAAAUGCCGAAGCUUUGAUUGAAAAGCCAGAUAUUAUAAAGGCGGAACCCACCGGCGUUGCAGGAAGUGACAAUAGAUGGGGUUGGGGAAAAAGAACAAGAAGCAAGGUCAAAGCACAGCAAAGGCUUUUCCAAAAGCAAGUAGAACAAGCGGCAUUGCAGACUUUGCAAACAAAUGGAUCAGAUAGUGAUGAGGAAAUAAACGAGUUAUUAGAGGAUUAA